UGGCGUGUGUGAGCGCUGAUUGGCUGACGAGCGCUCGUCGUGCGGCGCUGUUGUCGGUCAGGCGCGCGAUGUGAAGGCGCUCAGCUCCGCGCGUUUAUUUGUGAUUGUUUUGGCGGAUCUGAGUAAACAGAACAACAGCCAACGGUCGCUCAUCCGCGGACUGCGACGCACAGAGACAGCGGUAAGCGCUUCAGAUGAUGGUUCUGGACGGGUUCGGUCGCGGGAAGAGCCUCAGCGCGGCGGCGGCGCGGGGGAAUGUGGACGCGGUGCGGCGGAUGCUGCAGGAUCACCGGCUCCAACCGGACACGCUCAACGAGUUCGGGAAAACCGCACUGCAGGUGAUGAUGAUGGGCUGCACCAGUGUGGCGUGUGUGCUGCUGGACCACGGCGCUGACCCGAACGUCCAGGACCGCUGCGGCGUGACCCCUGCGCAUGACGCGGCCCGCACCGGAUUCCUGGACACGCUGAGGGUUCUGGUGGACCACGGCGCCUCGGUCAACGUCCCCGACCACAGCGGAGCCCUGCCCCUCCACAUCGCCAUCCGCGAGGGCCACGGGGACGUGGGGGAGUACCUGGCCCCGCUCUCGGACCUGGGGCACCGGGACAGCUGCGGGGCCGACGCUCUGGAUGUGGCCCGGGACGCUCGCGCUCCGGAGAUGGUGGAGCUUUUGGAGCGCUUGAUAGCAACCAGCUCCAGUUGAAGAACUGUACGGCUCGAUUCCCCUCGGCGCUCAUUAGCAGGUUGUAUUUAUAUGAAUAUGUUGGAUGUUUCGAUAGUUGGUAGUUGAGCUCACAAUAUUAGCUGGAAUAUGUAGCACCGGUUUGCACAGAGCGGCCCCUGCACCGGAUCCGGCAGAGCGGGUUUGCCCGGCACACGUGUAAAUAACUCUUUCUUCGGUAUUUUACAAAACAUUUCAGUGCAGAAACUUGAACUGUUAACAGUUUUAUUCUUGUGAAAUUAUUUCUUGCCAUCCGCGCACUGAUGAAUUCUUGCUUUGCGUGUAAGUUUGCUUGGAGUUUUUCGCGGAUUAACGUCUGUAAAUAACAUUUUAUGAAUUUAUUUGACUUAUUUAUUGAAGAAUUGUAUAUUAACGUUUGUUUACCGUGGUCUUUCAGAUGUUAUUUAUUAAGGUGUUUAAUAAACUGAAAAAUCAGUUUGUCUGCAUUAACCGUGCUGUAGCUGCAGAUGGAUCUCUCCUCAAAAACAUGAACAAAUAAACGCAUACAUACUACACCAUUAACACAGAUAAC